AACGAAACAUUGUUUAGUGCACCGAAAAGAUUUUGUUACAUUCAUCUACACUUGUUUUUGUAAAAAUUAUAUUUUGUCGUCAACUUGUUUCUCUCUAAUAUACGGUUGCUAGUUCAUUAUUGUUGCACAAUGAUACAAUUAAUAAUUUAAUUGAAUCAUGGUCUUGCCUCUAAUAAAUAUUCUUAAUUGAGUUGAGUUGAUGGUAUGGGGUACGAACAACUCGGUGUCAUAGCGGCAGCAAAUGUAUAGCUAAUGCUAAUCUUAACAAAUUUAUUGGGAUCAUUAGUAUACCUAAAUACUUUGAUUUCAUUAGCAUUCCGAUUAACGGUUGAAGGGUAGCACCCUUCAAAAAAGCUUUUCAUGAAUGUGCUUCGCUAAUACUAUUGUGGAAGCCCAUCGAAAAUUGUUCAUCACACCGACUGGAGGUGGUAGUCUAAUCACAAGCACCCACACUAAAAGUAAUAUCGAGCUAAGGGGAAAGUCGGUCAGUAAUUCAGAUUUAUCAAAAAUGUCGCGAACUAAAUCUCGUUUACAAGUUGAAGUAUGUGGAGAUUGCGGAGCUUCAGAUCCCUCAUGGGCCUCAAUAAAUCGUGGUAUUUUACUUUGCUCUGAUUGCUGCUCCGUACAUCGUAGCCUUGGCCGCCAUAUAUCCAUGGUAAAGUCAUUACGUCAAGGAACUUGGGAGCCAUCAGUUUUAAAUUUUGUUAACUCGCUCAAUUCGCACGGUGCAAAUAGUGUUUGGGAGCAUCAUCUUCUUGAUGCAAACUCGACAAAAAGUGACAAGGGUGUACCGCGUGUUAGAAAACCAAGCCCCAAGGAUCCGCUGCAUCCUACCAAAUCAGAUUUCAUUAAAUCGAAACACAUAAACUUAGUAUUCGCUUUAAAAUCUAAUCUUCAAGAGGAAGGUGUAAUUUCUGGAAUAAAUCUUGAGAAUGAACUUAGCCGACAAUUGCAUGCAAGUGUAAGGACCAGUAAUUUAGAAACCUCACUUCGUCUAAUUGUACAAGGAGCCAAUCCCAAUUACUUUCACGACGAAAAGCGUUCAACACCGCUGCACGUAGCAGCUAAAUUUGGACAAGCGUCCCAAAUUGAGUUGCUUAUUGUGUAUGGAGCAGAUAUUAAUGCAAUUGAUGGCAAUGGGCUCACACCACUCGAAGUUGCUAAAGUUAACAAUCACAAUGUCAUAGCGGAAAGAUUAUUAGAUGCAAUGUAUGAAGUGACAGAUCGCAUUAUAAUGUUUUUAGGUGGUAAAAAACCAGAUCAUUCGUCAGGUUGCCACUUGGUUAUUCCGGAAACAUCGAGUACUGAAAUAAGCGAGCAACUUACCAUUGCCAGGAAUCGUUUGCAAGUGGUUCCAAAUAAAAUGUUCGAGGAGUUGGUAAUGGACUUAUAUGAUGAAGUGGAUCGACGCGAAAACGAAGCAAUUUGGGCUACUUCCAUAUUAAACGCUGAAAAUGUAGCUGUGCCGUUCUUGCCGGCGAAUCCUUUCUUAAGUGCCACUCGAAACCAAGGCCGACAAAAACUGGCGCGAUUCUCACGAAAAGAAUUCGCUGGAUUAUUGACUGAUGUCCUGUAUGAUGCUCGUCGAAGACAAAAAAUAGCAAGUUUACGCCCUCUCGAUGGGCCCAAUUUAAAUUCAUUUUAUAACCCACCAUUGUUAAAUGAAAAUGAAUUAGAUUUGUCAGAUGAUGAACCUAUUUACGACCCUGUUGCAAGUGACGACGACUAUGCACCAGUACCCCCAAUAGCACAGCAGGCUAUUGUGCAUCAAACGCCCGAUGAGCCACAGCAUGAAGUGCAGACCUUGUUAAGACAGAUAAACGACUACAAAUAUGUGAUUAAUCAGCUAAAAUCUACUGUUGAAAAGCUUUCGUCUGAAAAUUCUGAGUUGAAAUCAAAAUUUUCAAUUGCUCCCGUGGUCUGUGCAAUUAAUGAGACUGCCGUUCACCAUGACUCGCUCCGAAAUGAUUCAAAAGGAGUUGAAAAUAGGCGCGAAUCGCUCCCACUUCUUGAGGAUGUUGGUGGCGGUUCCGUAUCUAUAGAUUCAAACACUUCUAGUUCAUCCUCGGCCAACAGUUCGAAUCAGUCGACCAUCAAGCGCCCAGCAAGCAUGUAUGAGCGACGCAUCGCCCCUCCCUUGCUUAAACCAAGCGUUGAGUGUCGGACCACGGCUAGUAUGUAUCAAAUGGCUGCUGAUAAACCAUUUUCUGAGGAACUGAAACAUCGAACGGAUCUGGUGACACGGCGCGUUAAAGAACUUGUGUCUAUCAUGCAGGAUCUGCCCACAAAUAAAGAUGAUUUGGUACCUUGCGGGGAGAGAGUACGCACCGCUGUAAUUGAACUAAUUUCAAUAUUUACUACACCGUCAAAUUACAAUGAAACCAUAAGAGAUAUGCUAAAAACAUUAACGCGCUAUAACAUUUUAAUACCGCAUGAAUGUGAAAAUUUGCAGAAAUCAUAUUCAUUGGAUGAUAAAGCAGCCAUUGAAAAAUACAAUCAUGAGGUACGGGAAUGUGCGUAUUAUAUUGUCAGCGCAAUGAAGACUCUUGUCAUGCAAUUUGAAUGACCU